GAGCACGCGCGCGAGAGAGAGCAAUGCUCAGCCCGUUUUGACCAUCACUGCUUCUGCGUUUUCUAAAUGAUAGGGCUGCCUAUCGCAUCGUGUCAUCUGGGGUAAAAAACGGAAGGACUAUGGUCACAUCUCUCCGCCCGUCCUGCGUUGGCGCUGAGUAGCCGAUCUGUUGGUGCGGGCGACGGUCCGGAUCUGAGUUCCUCUCGAACCCCCCCGGUUCUUUUGCAGCUCAGGAUUUCUGCAUUUCCCCACACAACAUCCGCCACAACACACACACACAAAAUACACUCUUCAGGAGAACCGCCGCUGCAGCCAGGGACCUAAAUGGUGGAGGCGGUGGUGGAGUUUGAUUACGAGGCCCAGCAGCCUGACGAGUUGAGUCUGAGGCUGGGUGAUGUCAUCAUCAACAUUCGCCGUGACGACGGGGGCUGGUGGGAGGGCGAGCUGGACGGCCGCCGGGGAUUCUUCCCUGACAACUUUGUCCGGGAGUUGAAGAAGGAUGUGAAGAGAUCAGGAGGGCCUGCAGGUCCUCAUAAAGCAGAGCUCUCCAAUGGCGGUCCGACAGCCGGUCCUCAGUCUGAACCCAGCCUGAGACCGGCCAAGAAAGGUGAGCAGAUCCGUAAGCGGCGGUUCAAAGCGGCGUUCAGCUACAUGCCUCAGAAUGAAGAUGAGCUAGAGCUGAAGAUCGGUGACAUCAUCGAGGUCCUAACAGAGGUAGAGGAGGGCUGGUGCGAGGGCCUUCUGAAUGGUAAGACCGGGAUGUUUCCCUCCAACUUCACCAAAGAGAUUGUUGCUGAAUCAGGCACGCCCCCUUUGGGCACGCCCCCUCUGGACACGCCCACCUCCCAGGAGGAGCCCCGCAGCAGUGGCACCAGUAAAGAGAGUCUAGGCAGUGAGAGUGAUGGAGGUGACAGUAGAUCAGAAAUGGGAUCAGGAGAGAUUCAACCCAAGAAGGUACGAGGCUUCGGCUUCGGGGACAUCUUCAAAGACCAGCCCAUCAAACUCAGACCACGGUCCAUGGAGCUGGACCCGGAGUCAGACAGAACUCAUACAGUGAAAACAGCCACAGUUGCCGUGGACACCAUGAAGGCGGAGCCAGACGGAAAAUCGAAAGGUGGGCGGGAGAUGUGUAAAGUCCUCUUCCCUUAUGAUGCACAAAACGAGGACGAGCUGACAAUCAAAGAGGGCGAGAUGGUUGCCAUUAUUAGCAAGGACUGUGCGGACGCCGGCUGGUGGAUGGGGGAGGUCGGGGGUCGACAUGGAGUGUUCCCAGAUAACUUUGUCAAAGUGCUGCUGCCCGAGGUGGAGAAAGAGAGACCAAAGAAGCCCCCUCCCCCCAGUGGUUCGUCAACUAAGCACACAUCAGAGAGAAAGUCAGAGUCCAGGAAGGUUCCUCCAGAGCGUCCGGAACACCUUCCCCAACGCGACGCAGAGAGAGGUGAAGAGACAAAGGUGGGAGACAUCCCUAAGCCCGCCCUCCCGUCUGUCCCUCCCAAGAAGCCCCUCCCCCCAAAGACAGGCCCCGCCUCUUCCUCCCAAGCCCCUCGACGCCCAGAGAGGCCGCGCACGAAGUGUGAAAGCCCUAAAUCUGAGGGCGGAGCUUCAACACCAGACUCUGCCUCUGACUUGUUACAUGACACCGAGGUGGACCUGGAUGCAGUGAUCAUAUCGUCUGAGAGGCUCAAUCAUCCCACGGCCUCACGACCGAGGAUAACCGACCGGCGACCUCGCUCACAGAUCAUCUCUCUUCCUUCUCUUUCGUCUGCUGACAUGCAGGACGUCCUAGCAGUGGAGGAGGAGAGGAGAGAGAAGGAGAGGAGAGAGAAGGAGAGGAGAGAGAAGGAGGAGCAGGAGGCGCCUCCCUUAAGGCCUGAGAACGUCUCGCGGAGGAAAGUAGUGCCCUCCGUCACGAUCCCGGAUGGAAAGUCGGCCCUGCCGCCUAAACCAAGCAUCCCGAACCCCAGCAGCAGCUCCAGCCACCGCUCCAUCUCCCCUUCCUCCUCCUUGGUGCGAAGCCCCUCCCCCUGCACUCUAAGCCCCUCCCCCGAGCUCCGCCACUUCCCCAUGACUCCCGUCACUCUGGAGGAACUCCGAGCCCAGCUGAGGGAACUGAAGACCUCCGUGGAACUACUCAAGAGCCAGCACAGGCAGGAGAUGAGGCAGCUGAACAGCGAUCUGGAGGAGGAGAAGCGGAGCCGCAUCUCCCUACAGAUGGAGGUAGAGCACAUUAAGAAGAACCUCUCCAAAUGACGAGCCCAGCGCCAGCACUGGCGCGCUCUGAUGACAUCACCACACCGGAUGCCCCGCCUUUUAGAAUAAACCAUUAUGAGGUCUUCUCAAGCCUCACACGCACCCACGUCUAGUUUGUGCCAAAUGCCACAUGGUCAUCAUCAUCAUCAUCAUCAAUGUGAUGUCAAUGACUAUACGAUACAAAGAGCCAUGUCACAUCCCCACACACACACACACACACACCCAAGUCUUCACACACACAUACACAUCUUCUCAUUCACACACACACACACACAUGUACUCUCGCACACACACACUCACACACCACUCCCAGGUCCACACAAACACACAACCAUGUCCUCACACACACAAACACUCGCAUGCAAGUGGGGAUGCAUGCAUGCACAUACAUCCACAGACUCACACAUCCACGCUCCCAUAGCCACGCACACACACUUAUCCACAUCCUUAAGCACACACACACACGUUCACAGCCUUAUUCUUUUUUUCACUUUAUUUUAAAAUGUUUAAUUAUUUUUGUUUGGAGAGGCAUGUCACUUUGUUUACGUCAAUGGGAGCCUACUCCAGGUGGUACAUGUAUGCGUUGCCUCGGUUACGGAACAACCAAGCAGAGCUGUGGUUGCGGACGCAUACCGGUACUGAAGGGAUAGAGAGAGAGAGAGAGAGAGAGAGAGAGAGAGAGAGAGAGAGAGAGAGAGAGAGAGAGAGAGAGAGAGAGAGAGAGAGGUGAAUGACCUGUGCUGUGCACACUCCACGGCCUUUGCCUCUUCCCCAGGUGUGUGCACGUGCAUAGAUGUGUGUGCGUGCGUGCGUGUGUCCAUUCGCCGCUCUUCCUCACGUGUGCACAGUAGCUAUGGCAACCCAUCACCGUGGCCUUCCUUCCUUCCAAGCCCAACUUUUUGUCUUUCUUUCUUUCUUUCUUUGUGACGAAGACCAAACAGCGAAGACGACAAGGUUCUUUUUUUCUUGACUUGGUCUGUAAUAUCUCCAAGAUAGCGAUAUAAAUAAAUAUAUAUACUUUUAUAUUUCAGUGUUAUAAAGAUGCUAUGAUGUACUGUAUGUGUGCAGAUUUUAAUAAAAUGUAUUCCAAGUUUAUCACCACGUGUAUGUGUGUGUGUGUUUAUGUAUUCUGUUCCACUGCGUGUGCUGUGUGUUUGUUGGUGUGUGAGUUUAUGAAUUCUGUUCCACCUAUAAUCAUUAGAUUUUAUUGUGAGUGUGUGUCUCUGUGCCUGUCUGCGUGUCUGUUUGCCUGUGUUUGAGUCUGAUAUCAAUAGAAUCGAAUAACAUUGGCAUUCUCU